CCGCGGUCAGGCCGCGCCGUGCCUGCCGCCCGCCCGCGCGCGCGCCGCUCCGGGUCUGCGGGGCGGCGUGUCCCAGGGCCGCGAGCGCCGGCCCCCUCCUUCCCCUCCCCCUUGGCCCGCUCUCAGCCUCAGAUAAAGCAUUUCCUUCCAUUGUCAUCCUACCCGGCCGGCCGGGCUGCCAGGGCCCUCCCCCUCCCGGCCCCCUCCCUUCCUCCCGCGUCUCAGAGUCGCUCCGCAGCCUCGGCGACUGGGGGGAUGUGAGGCCGGCGCCCAGCCCCCGGCGCGCCAUGAGCCCCCCGCUCUGAGGGCCCCGGCCCCUGGAUGCACAGCCCCCGCGCCGAUGGGACCCAGGUGAGCCCGGGUGCCCUCCGCCCCAGUGCCCCUGGCCCAGGCUGCCCCAGGCCCCGUGCAGACACACCAGGCCCUCAGCCCCAGCCCAUGGACCUGCGGGUGGGUCAGCGGCCGCCAGUGGAGCGCCCCCCAGAGCCCACGCUGCUGGCCCCGCAGCACCCCUCGCGUCUGCACCAUCCCCUCUUCCUCGCAGGCGUGCAGCAGCGCUCCGUGGAGACCCUGAGGCUCCCGAUGGACACGCCAAUGCCCAAGCUGCAGAUGGGGCAGCAGGAACAAGAGCUGCGGCAGCUUCUCAAUAAGGACAAGAGCAAGCGAAGUGCCGUAGCCAGCAGUGUGGUCAAGCAGAAGCUGGCAGAGGUGAUUCUGAAGAAGCAGCAGGCAGCCCUGGAGAGAACAGUCCAUCCCAAUAGCUCCAGUAUUCCCUACAGAACUCUUGAGCCCUUGGAGACAGAAGGAGCCACCCACUCCCUGCUCAGCAGCUUUCUGCCCCCUGUUCCCAGCCUGCCCAGUGAUGCCCCAGAACACUUCCCUCUGCGGAAGACGGUCUCCGAGCCCAACCUGAAGCUGCGCUACAAGCCCAAGAAGUCCCUGGAGCGGAGGAAGAAUCCGCUGCUCAGAAAGGAGAGUGCGCCGCCCAGCCUCCGGCGGAGGCCUGCAGAAUCCCUCGGUGACUCCUCCCCCAGUAGUGGUAGCACUCCGGCAUCAGGGUGCAGCUCCCCCAAUGACAGCGAGCACGGCCCCAACCCUGUCCUGGGCUCGGAGGCGCUCUUGGGCCCGCGGCUGCGGCUGCAGGAGACCUCUCUGGCCCCGCUCGGUUUGCCGACAGUGUCCCUGCUGCCCGCGAUCACACUGGGGCUGCCAGCCCCUGUCAGGGCUGAUGGUGACCGCAGGACCCACCCAACUCUGGGCCCUCGGGGGCCAGUCCUGGGAAGCCCCCAUGCUCCCCUCUUCCUGCCCCACGGCCUGGAGCCUGAGGCUGGGGGCCCCUUGCCCUCUCGCCUACAGCCCGUUCUCCUCCUGGACCCCUCAGUCUCUCACACCCCACUGCUGACGGUGCCCGGGCUGGGGCCCCUGCCCUUCCACUUUGCCCAGUCCUUACUGACCACCGAGCGGCUCUCCGGAUCGGGCCUCCACCGGCCGCUGAGCCGGACCCGCUCAGAACCCCUGCCCCCAAGGGCCUCCGCCCCCCCACCGCUGGGCCCCCUGCAGCCCCAUCUGGAGCGGCUCAAACCUCACAUCCAGCUGAUCAAGAGGCCAGCCAAGUCAAGUGAGAAGCCCCGACUGCGGCAGAUACCUUCCGCUGAGGACCUGGAGACAGAUGGUGGUGGAGUGGGGCCCGCGGGCGGGGACAGUAUGGAACACAGGGAGUUGAGCCACAGGCAGCAUGACGCCAGAGGCCCUGUUCCUCUCCAGCAGCACCAGCAGGUGUUCCUCUGGGAGCAGCAGCGGCUGGCUGGGCGGCUUGCCCGGGGAGGCACUGGGGAAUCUGUGCUGCUUCCUCUGGCUCAGGGCAGUCACCGGCCCCUGUCCAGGGCUCAGUCAUCCCCGGCCGCACCUGCCUCACUACCAACCCCAGAGCCGGCCAGCCAGCCCCGUGUCCUGCCUGGCUCAGAGACUCCUGCCGGGACCCUGCCCUUCACCACAGGGCUGGUCUACGACUCGGUCAUGCUGAAGCACCAGUGCUCCUGUGGAGACAACAGCAGGCACCCGGAGCAUGCAGGCCGUAUCCAGAGCAUCUGGUCCCGGCUGCAGGAGCGGGGCCUCCGGAGCCAGUGUGAGUGUCUCCGGGGCCGGAAGGCCUCCCUGGAGGAGCUGCAGUCAGUGCACUCCGAGCGCCAUGUGCUCCUCUACGGCACCAACCCGCUCAGCCGCCUCAAACUGGACAACGGGAAGCUGGCAGGGCUUCUGGCACAGCGGAUGUUCGUGACGCUGCCCUGUGGUGGGGUUGGGGUGGACACCGACACCGUCUGGAGCGAGCUGCACUCCUCCAGUGCGGCUCGCUGGGCCGCUGGCAGCGUCACCGACCUCGCCUUCAGGGUCGCUUCCCACGAGCUGAAGAACGGUUUUGCUGUGGUUCGGCCCCCAGGACAUCAUGCAGACCACUCCACAGCCAUGGGCUUCUGCUUUUUCAACUCAGUGGCCAUUGCCUGCCGGCAGCUGCAAGAACAGGGCAAGGCCAGCAAGAUCCUCAUUGUGGACUGGGAUGUUCACCAUGGCAACGGCACCCAGCAGACCUUUUACCAGGACCGCAGCGUGCUCUACAUCUCCCUGCAUCGGCACGACGAUGGCAAUUUCUUCCCAGGCAGCGGGGCUGUGGAGGAGGUGGGAGCUGGCAGUGGUGAAGGUUUCAAUGUCAACGUGGCCUGGAUGGGAGGCCUGGACCCCCCGAUGGGAGAUCCUGAGUACUUAGCUGCCUUCAGGAUGGUCGUGAUGCCCAUCGCCCGGGAGUUCUCUCCAGACCUGGUCUUGGUGUCAGCCGGAUUUGAUGCUGCUGAGGGCCACCCAGCCCCGCUGGGUGGCUACCGGGUUUCUGCCAAAUGCUUCGGGUACAUGACGCAGCAGCUGAUGGGCUUGGCAGGAGGCGCGGUGGUGCUCGCCCUGGAGGGUGGCCAUGACCUCACGGCCAUCUGUGAUGCCUCCGAGGCCUGUGUGGCUGCUCUUCUGGGCAGCAAGGUGGACCCCCUCUCAGAAGAAGGCUGGAAACGGAAACCGAACCCCAACGCCAUCCGCUCUCUAGAAGCUGUGAUCCGGGUGCACAGUAAAUACUGGGGCUGCAUGCAGCGCCUGGCCACCUGUCCAGACUCCUGGGUGGCCAGGGUACCAGGGGCUGAUGCAGAAGUGGAGGCGGUCACGGCACUGGCGUCCCUCUCCGUGGGCAUCCUGGCUGAAGACAGGACCUCAGAGCAGCUGGUGGAGGAAGAGGAACCCAUGAAUGUCUGAGGCUCCAGGACCCACCUGCCCACCCUUUGGGCCUGGUUCCCGCCUAACCUCUGGCAACAGGACCCACUCCUGGGGCCUUCAGAGACUCUCCGGGCAGGGAGCUGGAGCCAGAGAACAGACCCGACAGCCACCCCAAGGAGCCUAGGAUGGGGCCCAAAGAGGACCCGGAGAAGAGGCAGGCUGGGUGGCCAGCCAGGCCCCAGAGGGUUCUCUCAAGAACAGAGUCCUCUGCUCUGGAUUCCAGGCCCCUGGCUGGAACCCCCUUCCUCAGGACUGCAGAGAGGACUGGCUCAGUCUGGCCCACCCAUAACCACUAUUCCUGGCUCUGUAGACCCCAAACUUUGCACACGGCCCCAGGCUCCACACAGAAAUGUGAACUUGGCCUCAGCCAGGGUAGCCCUUCCUAGUUCUGAGGGCUGCAUGGGGGGAAUGGGCAGAGGUGGGAGGAGCCAGGGGUUCCAUCUCUGCGUGCAGUGGGAGUCCCUCCUCUCACCAGCUUCUUGAAGUGAUUCAGGAAGCUGCCCACCCCCCGCCAGCCACCACCAAUGGGCAGUGAGACAAAGCUCCUUCCAAGAGCAGCCGCUGGCGGGCCUCCCAUCUGGUCCCUGCCCCUGACAGGGGCCACCCUAGGUUGGCCGUCUCAGCACCCUGGUGGAGCAGACAGGUGCUUCUGGAGUUCUGUGCUUCUGAUCAAUGGUGCCAGCCCCUCCACCUACCCUUGGAAGCACAGCGUGAUGCCCAGGGAUCCCUCGGUCACUGACCUCUCCAUGAGCCUCCUCUCUUUCUGGGGUGUCCCCCACCCCAACUCUGACUCCUGCCCCAUCCAUGACUAGUUUGGCUGGGAGGAAAGGGGGUUGGAGAGUGGGUGCAAGGUAUGGUGGAGGGGGAGCUGCCUUGGCCAAGUCUUCAAGGCUUCUGGGGCCUAGGCCUGGGGCUAAGAAGGAAAGAGUGUGUGUGUGUGUGUGUGAGAGAGAGAAUGUGUAUGUGACAGAAUGUGUGUGUGUCUUCCCUAUGACUACCAUACCCUGUGUAUGUAUGCAUGUUUUUGUAAAAAAGAAAAAAAUGGAAAAAAAUCUGAAGAAUAAAUGUUUUAUUUGCUUUAAA